UUUUCGUUUAUUCUCACACCAAAAAUUUCGCUGAAAGCUACAACGUCUUUCAACAGAUCCAUUAUCAUAUCCAUUUUUUUUCUCUCUCUUUUCCCGUUUUCGAGUUCAAGCAAUGGCGUCUGAAGAGCCCACCACCGUCGCCGUCGAGCAACCCAUUGUGGAGGAGCCGGAAGCCGUCGACACGCUCCCACCAGUUGUCAAUGAAUCCGAAGAGCCCACUGCCAAGCCCAAGAAGGCACCCAAGGAGCCCAAGGCCAAGAAAGCUCCGGCCAAGCCCCGAACUCACCCCACCUAUGAAGAGAUGGUGAAGGAAGCGAUUGUUGCUUUGAAGGAGAGGAACGGUUCAAGCCAGUACGCGAUUGCGAAGUUCAUUGAAGAGAAGCACAAGCAGCUUCCAUCGAACUUCAAGAAGCUUUUGCUGGUUCAGAUCAAGAAGCUUGUUGCUUCUGGCAAGCUCGUCAAGGUUAAGGCCUCUUACAAGUUACCGGCGAAGUCCUCUGCUGCAAAGCCCGCCAAGAAGCCUGCUGCUGCUGCUAAGUCCAAAGCCAAGCCCAAGGCUAAAGCUGCUACCAAGUCAAAGGCUAAGCCCGCAGCCAAAGCCAAGCCAGCUGCCAAAGCCAAGCCCGCUGCUAAGGCCAAGCCAGCUGCCAAGGCUAAGCCCGCUGCUAAGGCAAAGCCUGCUGCCAAAGCUAAACCCGCUGCCAAGCCGGUUAAGACUGCCGCAGCCAAGCCAGCAGCCAAGGCCAAGCCUGCCGCGAAGCCUAAAGCUGCUGCUAAGGCGAAACCUGCUGCCAAAGCCAAGCCAGCUGCUAAGGCUAAGCCAGCUGCUAAGCCUGCCAAGGCUGCAAGGACCUCGACGAGGACUUCACCAGCGGCUGCAGCUGCUGCACCCAAGCCGGCGGUGAAGAAGGCUGCACCUGUGAAGAAGACUCCGGUGAAAGCAGCGGCGAAGGCCAAGACUGCGAAGUCUCCAGCGAAGAAGGCAGCAGCUAAGAGAGGGAAGAAGUGAAGGUUGUAAGGGUAAUUAGUGAAGCUAGUGUUUGUAGCGUUAGCUGUAAAUUUUCUUUGAUCUGCGGUUUAGUCACAGAUGUUGUCGACAAAUUCUGAAUUUAUUAAACUUUUUAUUUUUCAUCGUUUCGUACACAGUUUUCUAGCUAUGUAAUUUUCCCCUAUUAUUGAGUUUAAUCAUAAAUCAAAGCUAGAAGGGAUUUAGGGUUUCAAUGUCUUGUUAUAGUGAUCUUUUUACAAUGCAAUGGAUCUGUGUUUUUGCAUCA